CAUGGCUUCACUGUCCUUGACUUUCUCGAUCGUUCAGAGGAGACCUUCCGCUGGAUUUAUAGCUGCGUCUUUGCAGUCGAUAAUUGCUUGCUUUUAUGUGUUCUUUUACCGUAUAACUUAAAAAGAAACGCUAUUGACCUUUUUCAAGACAACGAAUUUAAUCUUCACCUUUACUUGCAUACUUUUUAUAGUCUACUUUUUAUGGCUUGUACUAAAUCUGGUAAAGCAAAUUUAGAUUGUAACAUCCUCUUUCCUGACUUGUGUAACUAUGACAUAUUUAACACAUUGAGCAGGGAAAAUUACUUUUUGCUAAGUCGGGAUUUUAAGGAUUCAGAGCCCCUUAUAAGAGAACUUGAAGUUUUUCAAGUUUUUAAAGUACCAAUUAUAGUGGUUCCUACUUUUGAACAACCGAGCCCAAGAAAACUCUGCUUCGGAAAGCAAUGGAAAGGUCUUUACCUUAAUAUCGCUGUCGGGGGGACGUUCGACCAUCUUCAUUUUGGGCACAAGAUCUUAUUAACUAUCAGUGCUUACCUCUGCACCACACGAUUAAUAUGCGGUGUUUCAGGGAAAGCCUUACUGAGUUCCAAGAAAUACUCGCAUUUAUUGGAAACUUAUCAGAAACGAUGUAAUGAAGUUCACCUUUUUUUAAACGUUGUUAAAAGGGGAAUUCUUUAUGAGUUUAUUAAACUGGAGGAUAAAUACGGGCCCCUAUUGAAGGAGGUGAACCUCCAAGCUCUGGUCGUUACUGAGGAAACCGAAGAAACUGCAAAGAGCAUUAUUCGGGAGCGAGUCGAGCUGGGCCUCCCCGAUAUAGACGUCAUCACGGUCGACUUGCUGUGCACCGGCAAAGAAAAGCUCAGCUCCACAAAUAUUAGAAAAAAAUUGCACGGAUAAGAAAUAGAUAAUAAACUCUACAA